UUGUAAUUUCAAUACGAAAACUUACCCUUCUCAAUGUAUUUUUUUAAAAAAAAAUACCAUUCUUUGACCAAAAUUGUCAAGAUAAUGAGGACUAAUUCAAUGUAUAUCUGGAUAUGAACCAAAAGACUCAAUUGUUAGGAUGGUUAAGAGGACACAAUUCAUCUAUAACUGCUCAAGAAGUAUUUUAUUUUCCUUCGUUGUACAAUGAGAACCUAAUUGUCCCUUACUUGGUCACUGCUGAUGAAAAUGGGAAUUUGAUCAUUUGGAAUUUGAUCAACAAGAGACCCUUAUCGAUUUUUAAAGCACAUUCGAAAAAUGUUAUAUCAAUCAAACAGCUUGGUGUAAAAUUCAAUUCUAAUAAAGAUGGAAAUGUUACAAUUGAUGAGACUUUUUUUGGAAUAUUUAUGACGCACUCAAGAGAUAAUAAAUUGAGGUUUUGGAGACUUGAUCUAAACUAUCAUAAUAAUUUAAUAUCAUUAAGUGAUAUAAAUUUUAAUAUGAAUAGUGAUAAAAUUGAUCAGGAUAACCAGGAUAACGACAAUUUGAAUAACUCAGUUGAUAUCAAUCCCUUAGUUUUAUUACUAGAAUUUCCUAUAAAUUCUUUAAAUUUUUGUAAUGUUGAUGUUUACGAUAAUUAUUUAUGUUGUAUCAACUCAAUUAAUGACACAAAUUUCAAUAUUUUUAAACUCAAUUAUGAUAGAACAGAAAACAAAUUGGAACUAGAUUUAGAAUACAUUAAUAUUAGUCCGAAAAUUUUAAUUGAAAAAUAUAAUUAUUUGAAUAAAUUUCAAAGGGAUAUUUCAGCUAAAAAAUUUGCCAAUAAUAUAAUUAAAAAGGAGAUUAGUUUAGGCAUCAUGAUGAAGAUUUUAUGGGUUUGUAAAGAAAUUGUUUUUGUUGGAUAUGAAAGUGGGCAUGUAAUCUCUUAUUUGAUUUCUCAUAAUAAUGACAAUGUUUUAGAUAACAAAGAAAAAUUUAAUAAAUUACUUUUAGACUUGAGCUUAUCUAUUGAUGAUAUUAAAGAUGAUUAUAUAGAUCAAAACCGAGAAUAUGAAUUAAUCGAACAAAUUCGAUCUAAUGAUGAAUACACUACGUUGAAUUCCAAUAUUAAAAUAUUGUCAAUAAAUUCAACACAUUAUCCGAAUCCUGUUUUAGAUAUCAAGUAUGAUUUCAAAAACAAAUUAGUUUUUUCAUCAUCAGCCGGGUCUAAAUUAACUAUUCAUAGCGUUUCUUCAUCAAUUAAUGACGAAUUAAUGAUAAAUGAGGAUAUUAGAGGUGAGAAAAAGUUUCGAAUUAAUGGUAUAUCGUCAAUUUUUAUACGUAAUGAUGGGUUGGUGUCGAUUUCGACUUGGGAUGGAUUUGUUAAAUUAUUCAAAAUAAUUACUACAGAUGGCGAUGAAAAUAACAAUGGAAAAUCACAAUACGAUUUAGUUGAAAUUGAUAAAAUUGUUAAAAGCAAGCCUCGAGUAGUUAAAGAGUUCUCCUCAGACCCUAAUGAUCCAGAAAUCACGAAAAAUGAGAAAAACAUUAAGAGAUUCAAAUCGGAUAAUAUCAGUCUAAAUUACAUAUCAAUCAAUAUGGAUAAAAGUUCAGAUUCCCAAAGAUUUAUUCAAAAAUUCCACAGUGAAAUAACACUUCGGAACACUGCUACAUUACAGUUGUUGAAAAUCAGAAAAGAAAAAAACAUUUCCAAAGAGUUAUUUCUCUUUAUAGGAUACGCUGAUGGACGAAUUGCAAUGUACAAAACAUGCUGAAGAGUAUAUGAAGAGCAGUUGAGAGGCUUUUGAAGAAGCAGCUUCCUCAUCAUCAUCCGAGCAAUUCGGAUGUUUCAGCCGUCGUUUGCGACUUCGCAGAUGAAUUACGUAAAAUAGACGAAUACAUAAACAUACAAC